CAGCUGACACCUGUGGAACACAAGAGAGAACAAGUGACAUACACACCUGCCUGCAUGUAACAGGGAUGCUCUGGGGAUGUAAUUUAAGGAUAUCUAGUGGACUUUUUACCCUAUGUCCCUGUAACUUUUUUGGGAUGUUCUCUGAACGUCCUGGAAUAACGUACUCGUAAUGUUAUGUGAAUCCUACACACUGACGUUUGGCAGACGCUUGAAGGAGACCUUUAGAGAACUUGCUGGGGAUGUUUUUUUUGUUUGCUGGGAUAUUAUUAUGCUAAAUACUGUUAAGCAAGUUUUGGCAUAAUAAAGAGUUAUUAGUGGUGUAAAACAAUGGUAUAAAACAUGCUGUAAUAACUUGCUAAUAUUCUGUUCAUUUUUUGCAGACAGUAUCGCCUGACCACCUACAGACAUCUUUGAAUGGAUUCUCCAGGUCAAGAGACUUGGGAGAGAUCAUAUGCACAGUAGAAGGGAUUCAGAGAAAUAACAGGUGUACAAGAGAUAAACUGUGACUUUUGAUUUUUACACAUUUUUUUUCAUUUUCAUUUUAUCGUAGGAGUGAUACCACAUUAUUCAGUUGACACAAUCAUUGCAGUUUGCUAUAGGUUACUAUUUUUUUUUUAAUAUUUAGUAAAUAAAACUUUGAAUAUAUUUUGAUUGAAUUGUGUUCUGCCACAUUCACCGAAGAUAUGCUAUUGAGUUAUCAAAGCAAACAACAACUACAACUGGUUUGUGUUUCUUCCUGUAGAUUAGCAAUGCACACAGCAAACCCUGCAGGAAAAGAUUCUUGCACUCACAUGCAUCAUUAGUUGAGCAUAAUUUGUCAUAUAUUACACAAGUGUAUUGUAUUAAACCAAGUAAUAUGAAGUCUUUACUCUGGAAAAGGUUGAGCGCAAACCAUAGAGAUGCUGAGCUAAUGAUUUCCACACCAACAAGAACAUCAAAUGUUUUUGCGCCAGAGUAAGCGCAAAAAGAAAUUAGUAAUUCUAGUAGGGUGUUAUCACCCUAAACUCUUUCAUUCUGUAACAUAUCCCUACUACUUCUGUUUGCAAAAAAGCUUUUCUUCUAUAUAUUCUUCUGCUCAUACUCCAGAAACUCUACACCUGCCACACACCUGGUGCUCUAGUCAAAUAUAUCCAGUAGGAAUGGCCUGGGAGUGGCAUUGGAAUGCAAAGAACGCAGUGCAUUAUGGUUACUGUAGGUUUUUUAUCUUUUGAGUUUCAGUGAAUACUGAAGCCUUUUAUUCCAAAUUUCUGUUUAUAGCAUACACAGCAUACACAACAAACUAUUAGAUUUGAAUGUCAUAAUGUAUUAACCGUCCCAAUUCCCACUCCAAUCCACAGGGUGGCGAUAAAUCACUUUAAAGCUGUCUGCCAAUUGCCAUUAAACAACAAAAAAGGAUUGUUUCCUGUCUUACUGUUUUAGCUUCAGUGGUAUGCGCAGCCACUGGCUUUUGCUGCAUACAGUGGAAGCAGACACGUAUAUUUGUGUGAAAAAAUAAUACAGUUAGAAAACUGAACUCGGCGAUAAAGGAGUUAGCAUACCAUCUUGAGCGCGAACAUGUACCGUCCAGAUAAACUUCCACACGGGACGACGUCGUUCGGUCAACCGCAGCCCCAGGACCCUCCUCUCAGAUUCGGAGGGCCCUGUGUUGGUCCGCCUCCUGGACACUUGCCCCCUGGACCUAAUGGACCAUUUUCUGCCUCAGUAUUAAAUAAUAUUUUUCUACAAAACAGACCUCCAAGAGGGCAUUUCAACAGGCCCCACUGUAGCGGCUUCUCUAUAGACCGUAGUGCAGUGAUUGCUUUGGGAGGCAGGCAUUAUAUUGGCUCUCCUGCAGAACCACACAGACAGUGGAAUCCCAUUCCAGUAGAACAGCAUCUUCCAGACAACAGUGCCCAAGCUGGUGAGGAAUUCCUGCGGUGCAUUGCAGCCAACAAACCCCUUCCAGAUUAUCUCAAAGGAAACAUGGCAUACAACUUGGCUGAUGCAUUUAAGUCGGCAAAUAUCUUGAAAGAAGCAGUCAAAUCAGACAUUGAGUUCCAGAAGCAUGUGAUUAGGAGUAAAAGUUGUAGUCGAAGUCGUGGCACAAUUCGAAGCAAAUCUCGGGACAAGAGCCGAGCACGCACCCGAAGCAGAGGAAGAAGCAAAAGUCAUGCUCGUGGCAAGAGUCAAGUGAGAAGCAAAAGCCAUUCUCAAAGUUGGAGCCGGAGCCAGAGCCGACACAAGAGAAGGAGAACUCUAAGGAGCAAGAGCCAAGUCAGGAUGUCCAAGUCACAAAGUAUCAGUGAUGAAAAAAGCCAUGGUAAAGAUAAAAAAAGAAAUGGGAGCACCAGCCGCAGCUGCAGUAACAAUGUUGGCAACAAUACUAAUCUGACAGAAAAUAGUCUGUUAGAAGGCCUGAAGUUGGUUAUGAACAGCAAAGAACUAGAGGAGCGAUUGCCCACUCUCAAAGAGGCAAUCUUCAAUAUUCAGGCUUCAGAUGUAACAGAAAAAGUGGAGCAUGUGCCUAAUGAGCACAAACAUCAGCAUCGUGACAGUCAGGAGAAUUCAACAUCAUUGGAAAACGAUAGUAUGCUCCUUCCUCAUGAUAGGGUCGGGAGCGACUUCUCUUGGCUUCAGGUGCGAAGUCAAGAUGACUCCAUGGUCCUGAAAGCUGAUGAGUUUGAAGAUGAGGAAUCAUUCUUGUAUGGAAAUGGAGACAUUGAAGGAAAACAAGGCACAACAAAGGAGAAACAGGCAAAAAGAGAUGGCAGUGGCACAUCUCAGACAUCCUCUCAUGAACACAAGAUGUGUAAUGAUGAGGAAAGGAAGCGAGAUAAACAAGCCAGAACAAGUAAAAUGGAAUCACUGAUCAAAGAACUGGAGGGAUUGAUGAAAGAGGAUGGAUUGUGUUUUCUGACACCAGUGAUUGGGUUUUACUGCCAGAAGUGUCAGGAGUUCAUUGGCGAUUUGAAUAGUGCUGAAAAUCAUGCAGUCAUCCAUUACAACUGUAACUCAAGCAGUCAGAAGGCGCGGAUGGACCAGUAUGCUGGAGGCAGCAAAACACACUUGCGCCAUUGUAGCAGCAGCAACAACCAACACCCAAGCACUUCAGGCAGGAGAGAUCACAGGGACUAUGGUUACCAUAGAAGUUCAGGAGACCACAGGAUUCACAGAGAUUACCAAGACUGGAGAGACAAGAGAGACGACAGAAGCAAUCAUUACAACGACCGCAGAAGUCAUAGGGCCAGACAGGAAAACAUCUCCCUGAAAGAAGAGAUGAGAGAGGAGAGGAUGCUCAUAACAGUGUCUUGUGGACUAACACCUCCUCCAGACCUCAGGGUCACAGAGGAGGUGAAGAAGCAGUUGCAUGCCAUUGGAAGUCACAGCAAAGUCAGAGUAGAAGACACGGACAGCAGAGAAAAACAUAAAGUAAAAGUUGAAAGCAGUGAUGGUAGUGACAGCGACAAAGUGAGAACACAGAGAGCAAAAUCACCUAAAAAGAAAAAGAAGAAGAAGGAUAAAAAGAAGAAGGACAAGAAGGAUAAAUCCUAAUUGUUUUAUCCAUUCUACACUGAUCCCUGGCGUGAUGCGAAGACAUAAUGUUGUUUGCUAUCAUCAGACACCAGGCCACUAUUUUGUUUUUUUCUCUUUUUUUUUGUUAGCAUGAAGAGAGGGGUAAGCCUCAUUGUUGUGCUUAGAAGCACACUAUGGAAAUGUGAGGGAGUGCCGUGGAGUUGUUGUCAACAAAAAGAGAAGAUCAAUACGAAUCUUAUCUUUGUGCAUCUAUUACAGGGUCUUACUUACAGUUGGCACCAAGAUUCAAAGCAGGGAGAAGUUCUGAGUUCUUGGAAGUGAAAUUUUCCUCUCUUGAUAGAAUUUCAACCAGUAUUUGUACCAACCAGAUCCCGCUGUGAUCUCUAUUUGUUGCAGAGAAGAAACUGAUCUAAAUUUGUUUUUUUUUUCAAUCUGUACAUUUUGUGGAGUGGUUUUCAUAUGAAAACGAAUAUGUUGAUACAUGGCAUGUUUUAAGUAUCUAUUAUCUUAUUUCUUGUGACACACAAGUCUGUCUCCUGUGGUGAAAUUCUAGAUGAAAGAUAAAAUACAGAAUUAUGUUUACAAUUCAAUACAAAGUGGUGAAUAAAAAAACAAAAAUGUUAUUGUAACUGCGUGAUCACGUGAAUGGUUUAUCUUUUUUUUGCAGUGCAUUGGCCAUAUUGGUUACUAAAAUUGGUCCAGUGGGCAGAAUCCUUGACAGCUGGCUAAUGAGUGCUAGACUGCAUUCUGUAUUUUCUCUUCAACUUAGCAUUUAUACUAAAUAAAUUUGCUACCUGGA